ACAUUGGUUUUAACUGGAUAUCCUUCCGUCAUCAUGUCCUGUAGAGAGAAGGGGUGUCAGCCAGGUCGAUUGCGAUAUCGCUGUGCAUAAUCAGCUGUGGUAAUAUAUUUAUUAUCGCGUCGGGCGUGGUUGACUGCCAGCGGCGGUAUAACCUAGUCUGCAGGCAGAGUCUGAUAGAUGAGGAGUGACAGAUCAGGGUUAGCCGCCAGGGGAGUCCAUUUUCCUCCCCAGUCCUUUCGAAGACGCCCAGCCCACCGCGGAGCUCCAACGGAGCAAGUGUGGAGCGAUAGAGAGAGACGGUCAGAGCCGCGCCUCCUUCUCUGUUCUCUGUGCCACGGACAGCAUCGCACAGCCUCCCUCCCUUCCUCCGCUCCGAAGCGACCCAGCCCACAACCCUCACUGACAGAAGAGGGGCUGCUUGGCCGCAACUCAGGUUUGCAGUGAACGGAGAGGCUAUGCAACAGUAUUGUAGCGGCGGUCAAAUUAGUUUUCAUGCGGCGUGUUAAUGUUGGAUACGGACUUGGAUGGGCCAUCCUUUUUCACAAAACACAGCAUUUACUUUCGGAUUGGGACCAAACCGCGGAGGUGGAGACCAACAGCUGAUCUGCAGUGUGGAGCGCCUCACAACCCAAGCGCCUGCAUACUGUAGCCUACAUGCAUUUGAAUAUGAGCUACAAGUUUGCAAAUCAAAUGCAACGUUCGGGAUUGUCCUUGUUGCUGUAAGUUAUCUGUUUAUGCCAGAAUGGGUGUAGGCUGAAAAUGAGUUUUACUUAAAGCAGACUAUGGCUUUCUGAGGAUAUAUCUAGGCUAUAUAUUGCGCCAAAUAAUCUGAACCAUGCGGAUUUUGCUGCUAAGGACGUUGUUUGUGAUAUUGGGGAAUGUACAGGUUAUAUCUCUGAAAAACAAUGGUGAUAUACGAACUAAAGACACGGCUGGGGGGUACGCCAACAAUACACACAGGACCGCUCAGUCGAUCAUCAGAGAUGGCCCCCCAAACAAAGCCCGCGAGCGCGCUCUCUCCGGGUUGGACGCCACAGGUGCGUCUUCAAGAGAGAGGUUCCAAUCCUUGUUAGACAGCUUUAAUUCAACUCAUGGGAAAAUUACACGGACAUCAAUGUUUGGAGCGAGACGGAUGGUAUACAAACAUCACUCCAACUGGACAGUAACACCGGUCGAUUUCGUGGAGACUCCACGCAGGGACUCCCAUCACAGCAAAAGGAGAAAGUUGAAUGGUGAGAUUCCCGCUACUAUGGGGACGCCUGGUCGAUACAAUGCCGCUAAGCCCCAUUCAAUUGGCUUGCGAGAGGAACAAAGUGAGAGCGACCGACGCAAAAGAGGCACAAAAGACGAAAAGAAAGCGCUUAAAAGGGGUAGAAAAAGAUUGAACAAAAGCUCAAUGGCUUUAACACAGACUCCGACAGACGCGAUGGGCGCCCCUCUUUCACCAUGGGAACCGUUGCCCAAGCCUGUAGCACUUACCUCAACCGAUCUCCCUCUCGACUUCUUCACAAGAAGAAAUGAACUUUUUACUUUUAGAGAGGAGAACCCAUGGGACGCGACGCCAAUGACCCCUCCUAACACCCAGGAUUUUGGAAACGAAAUCAAAAACCCUUUUUACCCAGUGACCAGUGAAACAUAUGGCGCAUACGCAAUCACGUGCAUUUCUGCCAUAAUCUUUUUGGCUGGUAUAGCGGGGAACAUUGCUAUUCUCUGUAUUGUUUGUCAAAACUACUACAUGAAAAGCAUCUCCAACUCUCUCUUAGCUAACCUGGCCGUCUGGGAUUUUGCUCUCAUCUUCUUCUGCUUGCCCCUGGUGAUUUUCCACGAACUGACCAAGUCUUGGCUUCUAGGAGAGUUCACCUGUAAAGUCGUCCCUUAUGUUGAGGUGGCAUCUCUGGGCGUCACCACCUUCACCCUGUGCGCCCUCUGCAUCGACCGCUUCCGCGCCGCCACCAACGUCCAGAUGUACUACGAGAUGAUCGAGAACUGCACGUCCACCACCGCCAAGCUGGCCGUCAUCUGGGUUGGGGCCCUUCUCCUGGCCCUCCCCGAGCUCCUGAUCCGCCAGCUGGUGCUGGAGGACACGGGCGUCCCGGACGAGCCGCCGGAGGAGCGCUGCGUGGUGCGCAUCUCCUCGUCGCUCCCCGACACCCUCUACGUGCUGGGCCUGACGUACGAGGGCGCCCGCCUCUGGUGGUGCUUCGGCUGCUACUUCUGCCUGCCCACGCUCUUCACCAUCGGCUGCUCGCUGGUCACCGCCCGCAAGAUCCGCCGGGCCGAGCAGGCGAGCGUGCGCGGCAACAAGAAGCAGAUCCGCCUGGAGAGCCAGAUGAACUGCACGGUGGUGGCGCUGGCAAUCGUCUACGGCGCCUGCGUGGUCCCCGAGAACAUCUGCAACAUCGUCUCGGCCUACAUGGCGGCCGGCGUGCCUGAGAGGACCAUGGCUGUGCUCCACCUCCUCUCGCAGCUCCUCCUCUUCUGCCGGGCCGCCGUCACGCCCGCCCUCCUGCUCCUCCUGUGCCGGCCCCUGGGGCGAGCCUUCCUGGACUGCUGCUGCUGCUGCUGCUGCAGCCACGGCCACUCGUCGGCCACCGCCAGCGACGACAACGAACACGAGUGCACCACCGAGCUGGAGCUGUCGCCCUUCAGUACCAUACGCCGAGAGCUCAGACUGUGCAACACAACCUCCACACCACCCCGAAGACAACCUCCACACCACCCUGAGACGCCCGCUACACCACCUCGAGACAACCUCUACACCACCCCAACACAACCUUUACACCCCGAGACAACCUCUACACCACCCUGAGACAACCACUACACCCCAAGACAACCUCUACUACAUCCCAAGACAACCUCUACACCAUCCCGAGACGACCUCUACACCACCCUGAGACAACCACUACACCCCAAGACAACCUCUACACCACCCUGAGACAACCACUACACCCCAAGACAACCUCUACACCAUCCCGAGACAACCUCUACUACAGCCCAUCCCAACCUCUACUACACCCCAACACAACCUCUACACCACCUUAACACAGCCUCUAGACCACCCCAACACAACCUCUAUACCACCCGAAGACAACCUUUACAUCACCCCAACACAACCUUUGCACCACUCCAACACAACCACAACAUAACCACAAACGCAACCACAAAUGCUUAAAGACUUUGAUGAUGAGACAACCACUACAGAACCAAAACAGACGCGCUACCACCACAACUACAACACAACCACAACACAAUGUCUCGAAACGGUUCCCCGUCGGUUGAUGAGACAGGGUUCUCACAGUGAUGAACUAAACUGGGCUGGACUCAGCAAACUGGACCGGACUGGUGCUAGAAUAGGAUGGUUUCACUUGAGGAAAAGAGCGGACUAGCUAAAUGAGUUAUGAAUUAGACUGGAAUUUCUCUAUACCUACACUCACAUACUCAUGCCUUACACUGGGCUGUACAUACUGUAUUCUACACCUUUUGGUGCUCUUGAGAAGAAGGAAUAUACAAACUUUACAAACGUAAUGUAGUUCAACUUCCUGUGUGUGGCCAUUAACAGACUGUAAUUGUAUUGCAAUGGAUUUUACAUAAGAGUCUGCACUGCCAAACACCUUUCUCUCUUUCUCUGUUUCUGUUUUUCCGUCUGUUGUGUCUUCUACUAUUGUCACACGGAAGGUCUCGAUUUAUUUAUCUCUACAUUGUACUGGGAGUAACUUAUUAUCAGUGGCUGACUGUGUGGUACUGUCAUUUAAACUUGAAGUGAAUCUAGUUAAUCAGUAAAAAAAGAAUAAAAAAAUGGUUUGUAGCUCUGUAAGUAUCUUCUUCACUCAGAACAAAAUAUGUCUGUAUUUGAUACCAGAAGAUGUUCUAAGCAAACACAGUUGUACGUCUAGUAGCCAGUUUGUAUAAUAGCUUUUUAUAGCGACUAUUGUCCCUUUGAUUAUAAAAAAGAAGAACUUUAUCUCAAGAACCAUAUAUUA